AUGUCCUCCCUCUCAUCACUGGACACCUCCAGCGUUCUCGCUGCCUUCCUCACCGUCGCAGUCGCCGUCGUCUCUUAUGUUGCCUACCGCGCGAUCGUUACGUUCUCCAAAUGGGGCGACAUCUACGGCGGCAUCGUGCACAUCAGCGCCCUCGGCCAGAACAUCGUCAUCCUCAACGAGCCCCAGUACGCCAUCGACAUGCUCGACCGCAAAGGCGUCCUCUAUAGCGACCGCCCGACGCUCGUCAUGGGCGGCCAGCUCGUCGGCUGGGACGAGGGGCCCGCGCUCAUCCCCUUCUCCGACCGCUGGGCGGAGUACCGCCGGCUCUUCAGCCACUUCAUGGGCACGAAGGCGAAGAUCGACGCCUUCAGCCACGUCCUCCACGAGGAGACCAACGUCUUCCUGAAGCACGUCCUCGCCGAGCCCCGCGACUGGGUCGAGCACACGCGCCGGUUCGCAGGCGGGCUCGUCCUGCAGCUGGCGUACGGCUACCGGGCCUCGGACCCCGGAGGCAAGGAGCUCGUCAAGCUCGUCGACGACGCGAUGGACGGCUUUUCGGAGGCGACGAUGCCGAACGCGUUCCUCGUCGACGUUUUCCCCGUCCUGCGCUGCGUGCCCGCCUGGUUCCCCGGCGCGGCGUGGAAGCGGAAGGCACAGUUGUACCACGACUACCUCCAGGAGAUGCUGCGGGCCCCGUUCGAGCUCGUGAAGCGGCAGAUGGCUGCAGGCGUCGCGCGUCCCUCCUUCACCCAGAGCCAUCUCGACUCCCAGAAGCUCUCCCCAGAGGAAGAACGCACAAUCCAAUGGGCAGCCGCCGGGAUCUACAGCGGCGGCGCGGACACCACCGUAGCAGGCAUCAGCUGCUUCAUCCUGGGCCUCGUGCGCCACACGGCGGAGCAGCGCACCGCCCAAGCCGAGCUCGACACCGUGCUCGGGCACGACGCCCUCCCGACGCCCGCCGACCGUGCGCGCCUGCCGUACUGCGAAGCGCUCUACCUCGAGAUCAUGCGUUUCUACACGUUCGGCCCGCUCGGGCUUGCACACGUGGUGCGCGAGGACGACGUGCAUGACGGGUACUUCAUACCCAAGGGCUCGAUCAUCGUCCCUAACAACUGGCGAUUCUUCCACAAUCCAACUACGUACCCCGAGCCGGACACAUUUGCACCAGAGCGGUUCCUAGGGAAGGAGAAACAGUUCGACCCGCGCAAAUACCUCUUCGGGUACGGCCGUCGGAUAUGUCCAGGCACGUCUCUGUCUCCGCGCCCGCCCCGGCCACCACUGACACCCCCACCAGGCCUCCACCUCGCCGACGCGUCCAUGUGGCUCGCGUGCGUGUCCGUCCUCGCCGCGUUCGACGUCGCGCCCCCCGUGCACGACGGCGGGCCCGUCGUCCCCCCGGCUCGGUUCGUGAACGGUGGAAUCAGCCACCCUGAACCGUUCGAGUGUGUAGUCCGCCCGCGGAGCACUGGCGUGGAGGCCCUCGUGCGCGGGCUCUCGGGCAGCCUCUGA